GGAAAUGAAACGGUUAUAAAAGGAAUUAAGAGUAAAAAGAUGAUUCUCAUCUGGAAAAUAGUUUUACUGUGAGAUUUUCCAGAUGAAAGAAAAUACCGCUCUGUUUCUAAAAUGACUUUCAGUCCGGUUUGCUUUGGCUGCUGCUUCUCUCGAUCUGAAGUGUGUUUCUAGGCUUGUUUUCACAUGCAGGUGUGCCGUUACAUCAGCUCACACCAUCUGACGUCAUAAGCCCCGCCCACGCUCAUUUGCAUACAGGAGGUCAAGCGUCUCCGCUGGAGAUCAGCUCAGUCGCUUCUCGUCUAGGUUUGCUUUAUUGCUCCAGUGUUAUGGCUUGAGGCCAGUCGUGUGUCCGUCUCACUCUGGAGGAUGCGUAGAUCUCUGAGUUUGCGAUUAUCUCGCAGAAAUGGAGUUCAUCUGUACAGUUACGCGGUGGACGCUGGGACGAUCCCCGGGAAGGUGAAGAAGGGGAGGACGAAAGCCAGACUGGGAAGCAGGAAAGCGUUCAGCUUGGAGGAAAACCCGCUGGAGAUUCAGCAGCAGCCCAAGAGCCUGAGCCGGCUGGUCCUGCCCAGGUCUCACACUCUUGACGUGGACAGGCCGCUGGAGAGAAGUGUAAGCCUGAACUCCAGAAGUAGUUUCGUAAAGCACAACAAAACAUUCCACAAACUCUUCCCGGAAAUCCCCGAGAGCGAGGACUUGCUCCAUGCCUACAUCUGUGCGCUGCAGAAAGAAGUGCCUUAUCAUGGGCGUCUGUACAUCACCGACAGCAACAUGUGCUUCUUCUCCUCUGUGCUGCUCAAGGACACCAAGGUGGUCAUCCCGGUCUCCAGUGUGAUUGUCCUGAAGAAGCAGAACACUGCGCUGCUCGUUCCCAACGCCAUUUCUGUUCGCACCGCUGACGGAGAGAAGUAUCUGUUCGUGUCUCUGAGGAACAGAGAAGGCUGUUACAAACUCCUGCGCUCCGUCUGUCCUCAGCUGGAGGACCGCAGUGCCAACAGUAGCCCUCUCUUCUCCUCCACCGAGAACAGCUUCGACCACACGCCCAAACUCGUGCUGAACUCGAGUCAGUCGAGUCUGGAAGACUCUUUCGAUGUGAACGGAGAACGUGUGUGUCCUCAACCAGAGCUUCUCGUCUCCAGACUCACACAAGAAGGUCCUGCUGCUGGAUCGAGCCCGACCGUGGGGAUCUCAGAACUGGUUGAGGACGACGAGAACGAAGGAAGUUCGUGGGUUUGGACUGUGACGGAAAGAGCUCGAUCGCUCCUGAUCCAGAGAGAAGUCAGCAACCUCAACACACUCCUCCUCGUAUACCUGAUCCUGGUGUUUCUUCUCCUGCUGUCCUCCGGCUACAUCGGCCUGCGUAUCGUGGCCUUAGAGGAGCAGCUGACGUCUCUCGGAGCGCUUCCCGAAUUCACUGUUCAAAGCGGGUACAAAGAAACAUGAAGAGUCUGAUCUCAAUCAGAACUGUGGAACGAACACCAAAAAAAAAAGCCGGCAGGGAAUGCUGGGAAGGACCUUUAUUUGCACCCAGAACCAAACUCUGCCUAGUAAAGAGCCAAACGGGACGCUGUUGGAUUUAACGAUACGCUGGCGUGUUUUCUUUAGCAGUUUCCAUCAGCGACUCGCCCUAAACAGCCAAAGACAACCGGUUUGUCUACAAGGAGUGUCAAAAAUAACUUCUAAACAAACAUCUGGUUCUUCUGCGAGAAAGCAUUUCAUCUGGGAUCAUUUCAUUUCAACUGUUUUACGAACCAUCAAAAAAAAUGUCGUCCGUUUUCCUCACGAAAUCUUUGUGUUUUUGAUCGUUCGCUCCCUUUAUUCGUUCUGCGACGGCUUCAUUCUUCCUCUAGACGUCCAUUUUUCGACUUUCUCUCCGUACAAAGGGUUUGCGAUAUUAAACCGAAUUUUGGUUUAACGAUAAAAAAAGAAGAAAAUCGAAACCCUGAGUAUUACUCUAUGUAUAGUCUAUGCACAGGAAAACAAAAUGCUCACAUCAGGUAUUUAACACUUUUCUUUUGUUUGUUUCGUCUUUUUAUACCUUACGCAAGUCUCUUCGUAAUCCGAACGAUAAAAAAAAAAAAAUUUAAAAAAGAGGUUAAUUUUAUUGUAUUGUGACGUUUGACGCAUCUAAACCGGAUUGCUUUCGGAAAUAACCAAAUUACGACUAAAAAAAACAAACAAGUGCUCGCAUGUUUACGCAGACCCGAAAAGAACAUUUCCGUUCAGGACUCGAAUCACGAUACUUGACGAAAACGGUCCAAAAUAUGCAUGAUUUGUGUGUGUGUGUGUGUUAUAAAUAUGUUGCAAUAUGUUCAAGAGAUUGCUGUUGGAGUGCACUUUAUCGUGUGGAGACGCUCUCCCAUCCUGAAGGGGGCGCUCUAUACUCGUUCUGGGGUAUUAGACGGUGCUAAGAACCUCUCACUCAGGGCUGGGACUAACUCGCAAUGCAUCGUGGGAGAUCCUUCAGGCGCUUGGAAGGAACGCAAGAGUUUCCCAUGUGGGUGAUGUCAAGGCAUGUCGCUCCUUCAAACAUAAACUCUCCAAAUGGAGAACUGAUCCAUGUAAACAAAAGGAAAUGGAUUUGCACAGCAUUUCAACUCGUCGCCACCUCAACGACCACAAUGCAAGAAUCCCAACUUUCAUAACUUGUUUAUAUUGCACUACUGUAUUGUUUUUUUUUGUAUGGAUAUGUUGGUAAACAUCUUGUUUUUGGUCUAUUUAUUGCAUUGUGUGUAAUUCAAAGUAGUCUCUGUGAGACUGGCUUUGGCAUUGUUUAAAUAAAUCAAGUGCUGAGGAAA